AUGGAGAUCUUAGGCACAGUCACUUCGGUAUUUGAACUCUGCAGGAUCACGAAGGACUUGCUUGAGACGUUCGCCAAUGCGGGGCAGGAUGUCACCCAGCUCAAGUACGAGCGCAACUUGACCGAGCUGCUCUGCGUAACUUUACAGGCGCUCAUUGACAAGGAUCCGAAUAUGCAGCAUCGUGCGAAUGGCAAUAAAGCUUUGCUGAUGAAGAGUUUCAGGGAUACUAUGGAGGGCAUCAAAUCGACGCUGAAACUCUUGGAGAAGAAGCUCAGAAAACUCAGCGUCAACGCAGACGACAACAUUAUCGCAAAAACGCGGCUUGGAAUUUAUUGGGUGCUCAAUGAAGGAAAUUUUAAGGACCUACUUGAGAGCCUCAGGAAUCAGAGAUUAAUGAUGAACUCUUUUGUCGGCUUGUACAAUGCGGGCCAGACACUGGACGUGAAAUCGAUGUUGGGGAAUAUUCCACCGUCAACUCCGAUGAGAUCCGGAGAGAUCGAUCCAGGUUACGCGGAGGAUCUGCUGAAAGCCGUCAAAGGCGGCCAGCUCGACAGUGUUGAAAGCGUGUUGGCCCGAAAUGGCGACAUCAACGUGGCCUUGGAAGGCGGAGACCGCGCAGUUCAUAUUGCCGCUCGCAAGGGCUCCUUGCCUAUUCUCGAAAGACUUCUCACCCUCAGCGCUGAUGUUCACGUUUCGAACAACGUCCGCGAUACUCCCCUACAUGCGGCUCUGAAAGCUGGACGGAUAGAAACAGCCAUGGCAUUGCUGUUACGGGGCGCUAGUUGGAAGAGCCUGAACAACGAUGGGUUCAGCCCGUUGCACCUCGCGGUCUUACACUCAACAAGCCCCGUCGUUCACUACUUACUGGACAGAGGAGCUGACACGGGCCUGCUGGACCUUAAAAGCCGAACACCUCUCAAACUAGCCUGGCACCCUCUGGGCAAGGAUGGCAAGAAGGGCACGGUUGACAUAGAUAUCAUGCGGGCCUUGGUAGGUCACGGCGCCAGCCCGACGCCGACGGACGAGAGAGGAAGAACGCUGGUUCACCUUGCCGUCAAGGAGAAGCGACCGGACUUUGUAAGGCUGCUCGCUUCCAAGUCUGCUGAUAUGAACGCCAAGACCAACGACAAGAGUACGCCACUGCACGUCAGCAUAACCUCGGACGAUCUGCCCAUGACCCGUCUAUUGCUCGAUCUCGGGGCAAACCCCAACGAGAAGACGGUACAUGGCGGUUCACCCCUCAUGUUUGCCGCUCGAGGAGGCUCGUUGCCAAUGAUGCGCCUGCUACUCGAUCGCGGCGCCCAGAAAUUCUACAAAACGCCCCAAGAGACCAACGCCUUCCUAUGGGCCUGCUAUGGCGGGCAUAUCACAUGCGCCAGCUUCUUGCUCGGUUGUGGGUAUGGGCCGUCCAAAAGGGCAGCCGCGGACUUCACAGCACUCCACUACGCAGCUGCAAGGGGCCACAUGGAAAUGGUGAGGUGGUUGUUAGAGCUGGGGGUCAACAAGAGUAUCACAUCAAAAAACGUAAGGGUCCCGUUCAAGGCCAGCGGGACGGCAGCAGAGGUUGCCAGAGCACACGGGCAUAGCAAGGUUGCCGAGGUCAUCGAGACCUUCGUGGACGAGCAGACGUACUAG